AUGCGCUCGGACCCGCUGCAGGCGCACCUCAAGAAGCUCAUCAAGGACGACCGCGAUGUGUCGCAGCUCCGGGCCGAGUCGUCUGCGCUCCUCUGCGAUGUCACGCGCGCCUUCGUGCUCGAGCUGGCCGAGCGCUUGGUCAGCGAGCUCCGCGCCAGCGGCAACCUGUCGCCCGACGCCUU